GACGGGACCACCGGGGCACGCCGGCGGGGUCCGGGUCGCAGCAGGAAGGCGCCGCGCAACGUGCUCACGCGAAUGCCCUUGCACGAAGGUAGCCCUCUGGGUGAAUUGCAUCGUUGUAUCAGGGAGGGGGUGAAGGUGAAUGUUCAUAUCCGCACUUUCAAGGGACUCCGGGGUGUCUGCACAGGCUUCCUCGUUGCAUUUGACAAGUUCUGGAAUAUGGCACUUACUGAUGUGGAUGAGACCUACCGAAAACCUGUUCUAGGCAAAGCGUAUGAACGGGAUUCUUCGUUGACUCUCACUAGGCUAUUCGAUCGGCUGAAACUUCAAGAUUCCUCCAAGAAGGAAGCAGAUUCUAAGUCUGCAGUUGAAGACUCCACUCUGUCCAGAUACUCCCAGACAUCCACUUGGAAGGUGGCUUCAGUGUGGGGAAGAGAAGACACUGACCGGGGCUCACGCAAGCGUUCCCGAUCUGUUCCUUCUUCCCUGCAGGCAUCUGCAAGGGAGGAGUCCAGAUCAGAGCUGUCAGGGAGGACUACACGGACAGAAGGGUCUAGUACGGGAGGUACCUUCUCCAGGGCUACCACCCUUUCCAGGGGCCAAUCCCGUAAAAAAAAACGAAAGCCCAAGGUGGAUUAUCAGCAGGUAUUCACCCGACACAUAAAUCAGAUUUUCAUUCGAGGUGAGAAUGUCCUGCUGGUUCAUCUUGCACAGUAACCAGCUCAGCCCGACUUGAGCUUUGGUUUUUAGAAAUAAAGUGCAUGAAUUGCUACUCUGCUGUAUCCUAGUAUCCCAAGGAAACCCUGAAUUGGAAUGCUUCCCUCUGGUCCUGCACCUGCAGAGGAUAGAGCAGGCUCGACCCUCUGGAAGAGGAGCUCAAGGGGAAGAUAGGCCUUUAGGAGAGUGGGCACUUGAGUUACUGUCAAGAUAGAAGCUAUGCUUAGGUACAAGGCUUCUGAUGGGUGUCAUGGUCUACUUCAUACUCUCAAACCAAAUAUAAGAUCUUCCAUUUGACUCAGCAUCACAAUAUAAGCAGAAUUCACUCUUCAGAGAUUAUAGAAAAAAAUGUCUCAAAAAUUCUCAUUUUUAAAAGCUUGUAUCCUGACAAGUCAUGAAUUUGAAUCUAAGAGUAGCAAUGUAAUUGCCCCAGAGGCCUGCACCCACAUUUUGUAACUGACCUAUGAAUUUUGCUCUACACAAUUUUCUCUUGAUCAAGAAGUGAAAUUUAUUAUCUUUGACUAUCUAUAAGGCUAGAAAAGUUGCCAACUAACAUAGAGGUGAAAUUUAGAUAGGUUAGGUUACUAUGCUCAAAGCAGGCAGCAGUAAAUGCUGUUUUGGUCCCUCUUUCUUGUUACACAAAGAAUGCAGAACCUCAUCAGUCUUCCCCUAACCCAGAGGUAGCCUCUGCAAACAGCAUACCAGAUGGGACUGUCACAUGCUUGUGUGGUGGCUUCUUGUUCUUCUGACUUCUGUGGCAUGGUGCUAGUGCAUGUACCCUGUGGUAUUACCCCGCUGUACAUAGAGUGAACUGUCCUGUGAGCUUUGUGGCAGGAGACUGUGACCUUCAUAUCUGACUUCAAAGAGUUCUACAUGAACUCAGUAACACACACACACACACACACACACACACACACAUCAAAGGGGCUGAGAGUCCCCUUUCCAGGCCGGACUGGCCUUGUAUAGAAAAUCUUUCAGAAUGAUGUUACCAUGAAUUAAGGGUGGUAGUUUUAUUCCCACAUGUCAGGCCAAAGAGGGUCUUAUAAAGUACAGUGGGUAGUGUCUAAAGAGACACCUUACUCACAACUUGGCUUGGGUAACAGGAAGCCACAAGACCUGUGGACAUUCCUACUUGAAUCAUUACAUGCUUUUUCAAUCAACAGUGCAGAAUAGGCUGCAUCUUGACACAGACUGUUAGGCAAUAUUGACUUUUUGUUAGUUUAUAUUUGUUUUAGAUAAAUUAUGUUCAAAGUGAGAAUAAGAAAUAACCAACCAAUUAAAAUGUAUGAAAAGGAGAAUUUUCCCUGCUGUGUUUGUCAUGUCACUUGGAUAGCCUUCUGAGAAGCAGGGUGAAUGAAGUUUAGGGAACUAGAACACCUGGUUCUUCUGCGAGCUGGACCACUGGCUUACCACACGAUGAAAGGUGAGCAGAUUUAACCCCUCUGUGCCUCAGUUUCUCCCAUCAGACACCUACCUCACAGGGGCAUCAUGACAAAGAAUUUUAGGAAGGCCUUUUACAGCCUCUAAACACGUUUAAGUGCCAUGAAUAACUUUUACGAUCUCUAUUUCAUAGCUCUGUAGAACUCUAUAUGUCUUAUGAGCAAGGCAGGUGCUACAUGAACAAGGAAUCUUCCUAAGUGACAUAUUAUGGUCUUGUAAUUAUCUUUGGAAGGCAGAGAAACUUCAGGAACUGUUUUCCAUAUUCCCUUCCUUCCUCUGGAAGGACAAUGAAAGUUCUCAGAAGAAUAUCAGUAAGAGAAAAGUGACCCUUUUUGCUGCUCCCCCCCACAUCCCAGCCCCCACCUUUUUCUGAUAAUUAUCAAAAAAUAUUCCCUUGAACUUUGCAAGGUGUUUAUAUGAUAAAACCAAAGGGAAAAUGAGCAUCUAAAGAUGACACAUCCCCAAAGGGGAAUUUGUGGAAGUUUUUUUGUUUUAUGUUUACUUGUUUUUUUCAGUGCAUAUUAAAGUAUACUCUAGAGCCAGAUCAGAUGCACUAAAGUUUAAAGAGAUUCCAAGUCACGAACUCAAGUCAAUAAUUAUCUUAGGAAUCAGCCAGUUUAAAUUCUCUUCUAAAUAAUGUGUCCAAAACUCUUAUUCUCCAAAUUAAUGGUUGUGCUAUUUAUCAUCAGGCCUGCAUCUCCUAUGUGGCUGUAUUAGGAGAUGCCUGCCUGCUUGUCCCUCAUCUAGAAACCAUAGUACUAUUUUCCCCAUAAUGUAUAUAUUUGGAAUCAAAGGUAAUAUAAUCAGUUCCCAUUCAUUCUAGUGCCUAGUUAAAUCUAAUUGGAUUUGUUUAAACGUGCCAAUUUUCAUGUUUAUGUAUAACUUUUAUAUAGCCACAUAAGGAUUGAUUUACUAUUUUCUCCCACAUAACAGUUCUAAGAAGAUUAGUUUUAAACUGUAAGAUAUAACCAGAUAUGCCAUAUGAGCCCAUUUAUUUGUUUAGACAGUGAUUCUGGUGUUUCAUACAAAGAAUGAUAAUUAUUUUUAGAGAAGUCAGUUUUUUUUUAAUUAUUGCUUUCUCUUUAUCAUUGGAGAAAUUUUUCAAAAGUAAAGAAAAAAUAGGUCCUAACAAUAUAUUGCUGCUCAAAUGAUGUUAUCAUCUAAGGCCAGUAUAAUAAGUUGCUCUGGAGUAUGGGGAGUAGCUCAGUGAUAGUAUAUGAGCUUAGCAUGUGUAAGGCCCUGGGUUCUAUCCACAGCACCAUAAAUAAAUAAAUAAAUAUGUUUUUUAAAAAGUUGCUAUGGAAAUAACUGAAGUCUUCCUCAGGAGAAGGAAAGGGCAAAGUAAUGGUAGGGUACAGGCACCCUCCUCCCCCAACUCACCUGGGAUAGGCCCUACAUAGCUGAAAUACAGAACUGGUCCCUGGUAUUCUCCAGGGAUUCUGGCUUGGGAAGCAAUGUCAUUAAGAACAGUACAUAUUUUUGAAUAUCCAACUUUGGUUCUUCACGGUAAUCUCUAGGCACAGAAAUAUGUUUCCAAGACAAUUCACAGGACAUACCUGUGCAAUGGGAAAGGCUUCUUAGAAUUAUUCAGCUUUAUUAGGUAGUAUUAAUGAGUGAUUAAGAAACUCAAGAUAUGGUUUCACACUUAGAACAAUUUUAGGUGCCGUUCUUUGUAUACAUAAGUGACUCUGUUGCUUCACCCUUAGUAAAACUUGCACUUGGUUGCUUUUUUUUUUUUUUUCAUUUUGGGGAACAUUUCUGUGUCUUCCAGGGACCAUCUUGUGCAGAGGCAGACAGCUUUGGAUCAGUUGACAUCUUACUCUAUGUGCAUGGCACAGGUCAAGUCAGAAAGCCUGGGGGAUAUUGACAUUAAGGUCUAGGCGCAUAGAAACAAACCUGUGCUACCAGUUUUAUUGGUGGAUCAGGAGCAGCUUCUGUCCUAGGGUGUAAAGGUGAAGCAGUACCUGCAGAGAUGUCAGGUCAUGUAUGACCUGCCCUCAGUCCCUAUAAGCCUCACCUCUGUGUACCUUUCUAUCCCUUGAGGGGAAAAAAGAACUAGAAACCUAACUUGAUACAGAAUGGACAUUUGUAUUUCUAUUUGCACUACUACUUUAGCAGCUCACAUGGGCGAAGUCAUGAAAUAGAAUUGAUUCUAUAAAUUGUUUAAAUUUCCUCUAAAUUUUGCCUUUUGGAAAAAAAUUAAAAUUCCUUUAAGACAGCUAGCUGUCAUUGGUGCUGCCCUAGAACUUUCUUUUAUGUGUUUUUUUCUGAAUGAAAUGAUUGCUGUGGGAAGGUCAGGGUUCAUAUAAAAGAAGAGUAUCAUGGUACAAAUAUAAUAGUUUUGCAGCUGUUUCAAUUUUUCUUUUCCUGUACCAGAUACAUAGUGCAGCCAGCCUCAUUUCAGUAACUUAUGUUCACCAAUCUGUGUUUCUCUUCUCCCAGAAGGCCUUUCUUAAUGGUUGUAAAGCAGAAGCAUCUUAUCUGAGCCCAUGUUGCAAAGGUGGGCAGUCUGUCAUUACUUUCUGGCAAGUUGAGCUGAUGGAUUUAAGAUAAGCCUUUGGGGUUCCUGUCACCAUUUUCUGGCUUCUGAAGAAGGGUUGGGCCUCCUUUACUCUUAGUGUUUUGAGUAUUUUUCAAAUGUUUAUAAGUUCUCUUGCACUCUUCUAAUAAAAAUGAAAGCUCUCUGUCAAGAAAUGGCUGUGGAUGGCUCAGAGAUCUAGGAAAAGAAACAUAAGUACACCUGAGACUUUCAGUUGGUUUUUUAUUUAUUUAGAAUAAAAAGUAGUUUGAUAAGCUACCAGAGUUACUGCUUCUUUAAAAACACUCUCUGAAAAGAUAGGAACUGUCCCUUAGGAAAGCUAUAAAAGCUAUUCCCAAUACAUUGCAAUUGCUUUUGAUUUUUAGUCCUUUGGAGCAAAUAUCUGAUGUUAUGUCUGAUGUUAUGUUUUUAGAGCUGUGAAGAAAAUGUCUGAAAAAAUUUAGGAGUAUUAUUUAAACUCUGAUUAUCUGGCUGUAUUAGGUGGAGUUAGGUUUUGGGGCAGCUACUCACUUCUUUUCCUGUUGUCCUGACAGUAAAGCAGAUAGUAAACCAUGUCUUUAAAAGUGAUUUUCUUAUUUCAUCUGACAUCUGAAGACAUCAGCCUUCUAUUGGGCAACCCUGGGGAUUCCCCUGUACACCAUAACUUAUUAAUGCUUUUUAGACAAGGCUGAAGCAGGAUGACUCUAUGUGUUUGUAGUUUCAGUAUUCAUAUACCAGCUGCUAAAUGAAAAACCAUAAGUGUAGUCUCAUCUUUAUAUUGCUCCUAAUUGUUAAUUGAAACCCUUCCUGUUUGGGAAGGAUUGCUGCUAAUAACAUCAGUUUGCAAUGUUAAGCUUUAGGUAUGUGUCAUAUGGGAGUCUGGAAACUGUAAUAAAUAUGAUUGAUUUAAUGUA